AUGACUGAACAACUGGUGAAAUAUAUGGAAAAACUGGAUGAUUUGCCACCAUUUAUAUGCAAGAGCGCAGAAGAAAUGCGCGAAUUGGAUGAAAAGGUUGAAAAGUUAGUACGUGAGAUAGAACUUCGCGUUGUUGCUCAAGUAAAGAAUUUGAAGAAGUUUACGAAGGAACAGCGAAUGAAAUACUACAAGGAAACACAGGCCAUGUACAAAGAAGUGGACAAGCUGAGCGAGAGAAAAGUGAAGCUUGCCCAAAAGAUGUACGACACUGUUGAUACACAUAUCAAAGAGAUGGACCAACAAAUCACAGAUUUUCAUGAAGUACAGCGCAGAAAAUACAAAGCCGAGCACGGAGUAAAUCCAGGACCUUCAAAUUCUACAGAUUCUCAGAAGAAAAGAUCUAACAUGACAACUAUAAGAGUAGAUAAAAGGAAGAAACCGAUGGAUGCAAAGACUUCAGAGAACGCGCCAUUCGUUGACCAUUUCAAGCAGGCACCUUUGACUUCAGUUGAUAUGCCAGUGGAUCCAAAUGAACCUACAUACUGCAUCUGUCAUCAGGCAUGUACUCCAGAUUACCUUUCUCAAAUGCGCCCUUUGUUGUACUGUAAAAGUUCACUUUUUCUGUGUUACUUUACUACCAGUUUUAAUAUCUUAUACUUGAAGGUGUCGUUCGGUCAAAUGGUCGCUUGUGAUGGUCCGGAUUGUAAAAAUGAGUGGUUCCAUUUCCAAUGUGUUGGUUUGACCUCAUCUCCUGUUGGAAAAUGGUACUGCGAACAGUGUAAAGAAGCAAGAAAAAAGAAGAUGAAACAGUGA